AUGACCUCUUUCGACCCGCACAACGUCGACCUCGACACAGUCGACCAAACCGAACUAAUCUGCUACCUCAAUGCCGAAGGCAACGAGUACGACGGUCGAAUGGGCGCACGCAUAUCCGCCAUCUUCGUCAUCCUCAUCGUCUCCAGCGCCGCGACCUUCUUCCCCGUCGUCGCGAAGCGUGUCCCCCGCCUACGAAUCCCGUUAUAUGUCUACCUCUUCGCCAAGUACUUUGGCGCGGGCGUCAUCGUCACAACAGCCUUCAUCCAUCUCCUCGACCCAGCCUACGAGGAAAUCGGACCCGCCAGCUGCGUCGGCAUGACAGGUAACUGGGGCCUGUACUCCUGGUGUCCAGCAAUUAUCCUCACCUCGCUAAUGGUAAUCUUCCUCCUGGACUUCGGCGCCGAGCGCUGGGUCGAGAAGAAGUACGGUAUCUGCCGCGAGGAUCCAGAACCCAUCAUGGCGCAGGGCGUUGCCGUGCAUGGCGACCACACACACACCAACCCCAAUGGCCUCCAAACCAGUUCCAAUACUUCGGACCAGGUAAAGGAUAAGCAGAUGCGCGAGCUGGAAGAAGGAAGCGACGAUGACGACAGCUUCGUCGAGCGCUCCUUCCGCCAGCAGAUCGCCGCUUUCCUCAUCCUCGAAUUCGGCGUCAUUUUCCAUUCUGUCAUUAUCGGUCUGAACCUUGGUGUUUCCGGCGACGAGUUCGCCUCGCUAUACCCCGUUCUCGUCUUUCACCAGUCCUUCGAGGGUCUCGGUAUCGGCGCCCGCAUGUCGUCUAUCCCAUUCAGGAAAGGCAGCUGGCUGCCCUGGUUUCUUUGCACGGCGUACGGACUGACUACACCAAUUUCCAUUGCAAUUGGUCUCGGUGUGCGCGAGACGUAUAACCCUGGUUCUUAUACUGCGAAUGUGGUCUCUGGCGUGCUGGACGCGAUCUCGGCGGGUAUUUUGAUCUAUACGGGUUUGGUGGAGUUGCUUGCUCGGGAUUUCUUGUUUGAUCCCCACCGCACGCAGGAUGAUAGGCGUCUGACCUUUAUGGUUAUGUCAUUGCUUCUUGGUGCGGGAUUGAUGGCUCUGCUGGGUAAGUGGGCUUAA